AUGCCCUAUAUCAAGAGCGAGCCCGAUGACUUCGGUAAUAACCCUAACCGAUUCAUGUCAUCGGCGAACUAUGGCAACUCUCAGGGUUAUGGCAACCAGUUCAACAACCAACAGGAUGGCGGGAGCAUUGACCCCUCCGAGCUCUCCAUGCCCGCUACCAACUAUGGUAGCAUGCCAUACAACUAUGGUGGAAAUCCCAUCUCGUCCAGUUACGGCGUCGGGGUGGGACCCGCUUACACCGAUAAUGAGUUAUUAGAGUCCCUCGACUUCGGAAACAACAAUGGUCAAGGCAUGUUUGAUGAUUUCACCCUGGCAAAUCCUACCAACAGCAAUAACAGAAAUUCAGGUGCAGUCCAAAUGGACCAGCAGAACCAAAUACCCAAUGUCUAUUCUAGUACUCCGGACGGGCCUCCCAUUCAGAGCCCAUUCCUUGGAAACUUUGACUAUAACCAAUUCAGGCCCAUGGGCUCCCUCCCGACUCAUAUGUCGCCUCACCAAGGUUCCCAGUUUGGAAAGCGUCCCAGCAUGCAGGCGGCAAAUCGGAAAUCGUCCGAUCAGCGAACCCCGUUGACUCCACGUACGGCAGGGAUGGCAGGACUACAGAUCGGAACUCCAGAGUCGGGAAAUCUUGCCAAUGGUCGCCCCAUCCGCGCCCCGAACGUCCAAAAUCGACACUCCAAGACCUUGUCGGGACAAUACGACAGUACGCCUGGGAGCUUCCAUUCAUACCUAGAUUCGCCGUUGUCAUCUCCAGGCAAUGGCAUUCAUCAUGCUGGCAUUUCUGAGACUCUUGGGACUGGUCAUCAUGCCUCUCUACCGGCAAAGGUUGAUGGCGGUCUUAGUACCAGCAAUACAGAGACUGCAGAGGCUAAGAAGCGAAGGAGGCGUGCGUCGCACAAUGCUGUUGAACGGCGACGGCGAGACAACAUCAACGAACGCAUCCACGACUUGUCCCACUUGGUGCCACAACACCGCCUGGAGGAUGACAAGGUCAAGAAGCAGUUGCAGAGUACUGGACCACUCUCGCCAACUACCGGCGCUGCGAGCAUGAGUCCGCCAAAUGCUAACAAUGCCGCCACAUCAUUACUUGCAGGUGCUGCCGGUCGUCGCGCUGCCAGCACUGCCGGGAACAUCACGAUUGGACUACCGAUUGAGGAGAAGGAAAAAGGCCCUAACAAGGGGGACAUCCUCAAUGGAGCGGUUGCGUGGACUCGAGACCUCAUGUGGGCACUGCAUCAAAAAUACCAGCAGGAAGACGAACUACUCCAAUACAUCCAAUCAAUAGGCGGCCAAUGGCCUUUCCAAGUCACAGAAGAUGACAAGCGCAUGCGCUCUGAAGUCAUGGAUGCCAUGGAGAAAAAUGAUUCCAGCACAUUUUCUUACUCCAGGACAGAUGGCACUGGGCUACGAGUCCCACGACACACGAACGUCGCGGGUGAACGGGUCCUGAAUAACCCCAGUCUCAGUCCUCAAAGCAAUUUCGAACUCAGCCCGGGCUUCCACAGUGGCGGCAGUGGCACGAAUAGUGGCAGUAACGGGGCCGGCCAAACACAAUACUGGCACAGCGCUGGACAUACAGGCAUCAGCUUCAAAGAAGAAGAUGAGUUCAUGGACAUGAAUUGA